CUUGGUUUGUUUGGACUGUUCUGUUACAGCCAUGUCCUUAUUGUGUGUUUGGAGCAUGUUACACUGCCAAAUGCAAUACUUCUGUUUGCACUUACCAGCAGAGGGAAAUCGCACUUUUCUGUUUUCAUCUUAACAACAACAGACCCCAGAGUGACGUGCACGCCUGUGUGCGCGUGCAUGUGAGAGAGGGUGACACAGACUGAGAGCACCGAGCGUCCGCGCUCACACAUGGCCUCCAUGCAGGACGGGCUGCACAUCACGGCUCCUCCCUACGGCAAGGUCCUGCUGCUGGGCGCCAUCGCUGCUGCCUCCGCCUUCGUGGUCACUAUCCUCAUCGUGGUCCUGUGCGUGGGCUGCCAGAGGAAGGGAAAGACACAGAAUGUCCCCGGGGAGAGUGGGAAACACCGCCUCAUGGACAUGGGAAUUCUCAAGCAGUCCAAGCUGCGCUCCAUCAGUAAAUCUGACGCCUCAGAGAUGAACAAAGUGAACUGCAAUGGCAAAAGCAGGCAGCUCCCCCAGAUCCCCUCUGGGGCUGGAGAGGACGGAGAGCACACUUAUUCUGAAGUGGGCCGGGGAGCCUCCACUACACGUACUGAUGAUGCCCUGUACGCCAUGGUAGGCAGAGCCGGGCAGACGGACACACCUGCUCCUCCCGCCGUGCCCGCCAACACCCCGGCACCUCCGGACCCGGACGGGGAUGUGGAGGGAGGCCUUGCUGAGUCCGAGUCGCAGGUUGUGUCUCCUCCAGAGACUGCAGAGUACGCCGUGGUGCGGAAGCUGAGGAAAGCUGAGAAGGCGCCUCAGAAGAGGGACAGUGGCACAGACAUGGCAGAGCCUCCUGCCCCUCCUCCAAGGCACGGCCCUCCAUCUCACCCUGCCCCCCCACCACCUCACACCCAGCACCCCCACAGCACCAAGCUGCCCCGCAGAAAUAUAGGCCUCGAGACCUUUAAUGUGCCCUCCUUCCCAAAGGAAGUAAUGUUUAUGGGGAACGGGGAGCAGUACAUCUGGAAGCCUCCAGAGGAUGAUGACCUCUUGAUGCUGCAAAACAAAGCCUUGGGCCCUUUGGCCCACACUGUGGAGCACAUACCACCGUCUGCUGCCGCGGUGGCAGAAAUGUACUCUAAAGUUUGCAAACCUGGAAAAAAGAAGAGAUCUAUAUCUCCUCCAGGCAAUCCUGGCUUCCGGACCUUGGGGCGUGGGGACCGGGACAGGGACGGGGGCUUUAGUGUUGUGGUGAAGCCUCAGACAUGGGCCCCACUGGAGGGCAAAGCCAUGGCAGGGCCCUUAGACGAGCACUGUUACGAGUCCAUUGGCACAGAGGAGUAUGACCCUGCAUAUGAAAACCUGGAGGGGGCAGGCUGGAGGCGAGAGAGACCCCCAAAUACAUGUGCCACUCUGAGGCCCAGGAGAAAAAGGGCCCAGCAGCCUCUGCAGCAGCAGCAGCCCCCUCCACCUCCACCCACACAGCAGACGCCCAAGCUGCAGCACCUGCCUGCCCAGGCCUUGGUGCUGCCAGGGGACAGUCUGUAUGAAAGCAUUGGGGACCUCAAGGCGGGCUCAACCACCUCCAGCACGACCACCAUCUUCACCUUCAAUGACGGCAUGGAGAUGUACGUGACAGGGCUCUGAGUGACCGCGCUUCAUCACAUACUGUUUACAUUCAGUCAUAAUACAUGCCUUUUACUGGCCCAGAGCCGAGGGUCCAUCUGCUGACCUCCAAUGACCCGGGCUGAAUUCUAGAGUCCUAUCUGUAGACCUUAGAUGAAUCCAAAGGUAAUGAAUAAUAAAUGAGCACAAGACCAUUGCAGAGUACUCUGUAGGUAACAGUAGCACUUGAGUUUCGCUGGGAAAUGUGUGCAAAGCACAACCAAUUCAAAGGCCUAAAUUCUUCCUCAAUUUUAGCGGGUAAUUGUUGUGUUCUUGAAGGUCCUCUUUUGGGGAAGCUGCACAUCUUUGUGUGAAUCUUUUGGUAGCACUUAGUCCUUAUGCGCAGGCCUUCCCUAUAGUUGGUCAAGAUGUGAUUCAGGACAUAAUAUAAAUAUAUUAAUUAUUAAUCAAAUACUUGAAAGCUCAGGGACCAAGAGAAACAAUUAUGAAUAUUCUAUUAAAUGAAAAACUGCACACAUUUUGCAUUCCUCUUAAAACAAAUUUUUGACCAUUUCCAUAUUUAAAAAGCCAAUCAAAGAUAUACAAGCGUCUGUCAUAUUUUGUUUCAUCUUACAUGGACUGAACACUGUCUCCACUGCCGUCUGUAAAUGAGUGUUUUGAUUUGUUUCUGCACUUUGCCUGCUGCCAAUUGCAUGCUAAAAAAUCUAAAAUCUAACAAAAAAAAUCACUGUCACGUGGUACCUAUAUGAAUGUUAUUUAUUUUCAGUAGUUGUUGGGUGUUUUUUUUGUUCCACUUUUGGUUGUUUUUCAAGUGUGUUGCUUUAUUUUUUCGUAGAGCACAGUAUCAGUUUAUUUCAGGAUGUUUGUAGCACAGAAGGACUGCGUGAAGGCUGUUCACCGUUCUCCUCCUGUGAUACCAACUCACUUAAUCAAAUCUAAAGUUGAAUUUAAAGGAGAUCAAUGUGAGAUUCCUGGAGAUGGAGACAGUCCGCCUAAACGCGGUCCUAUACCUCAUUGACGUAUGUGGAGCAUUCAUUGCAUAGUCCUGACGUGCCCUGCCCAUUUGAAUCAGAAAACUACAGCUAAACCAAUGUGUUUUAGCACGUUUCAUCAUGUCUCAUAACCAUUCAUCGACGAACACUCCUCUCUUUGUUAUCAGUGUUAAAAUAUAGCAGCAUUGCAGAAAAACUACAAAAAAUGUGAAGUUUUGCAAAGCAGCAGACCCCGAGGAGAAGACAAUAUAACUCCCAAACCUGGAUGGACAAUGACAAUGAAAUCAUUUGACCAAAUACAACCAAUGUGAUUACUCUGUAUGUUGAUGCAAUGUGUAUGUACAUUACAAAAGAGAAAGAAAUAAUAAAUAUAUCAUCAGUGUUGAGGAAUCUAUCUUUUUUCUAUCACAGUUAAUUGUGGUUUGGAAUGACUUGUGACAAACUGCAAAACAGCUGCAAUGUAAACUUCAGUGUAUUCUGUUUGUUGUUUUUGAAGCCAUGAAGCUACAGUGUAUUCUUGGA